UCGGUAUUACCACAUAACCACAACUAUCUUCCUCCCCUCCCUCUCUCUCUCUGUACAAAAUUAAAUAAUCAAUUGGUUUCAAUUUUAUUUUAUCCUUGAGAAUCCAAUUAUACAUUAUUAUUCAAAAUCAUAUAUACGUCGAUCUAUCGAGGAGGUCUCCGAUCGGUGGAGGGUUAAUUGGGACAUGAUCGGACAUUCCCCCUCCCAAGGGUUUAUUGCUACAAGGAAGAGGAAGAAGACGACGGCGAUGGAUGACGGCGACGCUAAGGCGGCGGCCGAUGGGGGUAAUAAUAAUAAUAAUAAUAAUAAUAAUAAUAAUAAUAAUAAGGUCAUCGGGAACUCUUUGGUGGCGUCUUCCGGCGAUGGCGGCGGCGGACCGCCGUGCAAGGACGGCGGCGGCCGUGGAGGAAAGGAGAAGGGGAGAAACAAACGGGGUUUGGUGUCGUUCGAGGAAUUGCCGGAGUACAUGAGGGACAAUGAGUUUAUUCGGAAUUAUUAUAGGUGUGAAUGGCCUUUGAAACAAGCGUUUCUUAGCGUUUUCCGGUGGCAUAAUGAAACUCUAAAUAUUUGGACACACUUGAUGGGAUUUGUUCUUUUUGUGGUACUCACCGUAGCGAAUUCAGUGCGUUUGCCUCAGCUGGCAGAUUUCAUGUCGCCGUUCAUAUGGAAUUUCGCCGUGGGUGCGAAUAAUGCGAGCACGAAUUCAAAAGGCAUUUUCCAGGCAGGGCAAAGCCUACAAACGGACAUAAUAACCUCGUCGUCCGGACCAUUAACAGAAGCAGGAGGGCUACUAGACGACAUGUACUCAUCAACGACGACAUGGCCAUUCUACGUGUUCCUCUGUGGCUCAAUGUUCUGUCUCUUAUGCAGCACCAUUUGCCACACCUUCUCCUGCCACUCCCGGCCCGUGUCCCUCCUCCUCCUCCAGAUGGACUACGUCGGGAUCAGCGUCAUGAUCGUCACCUCCUUCUUCCCCCCCAUCUACUACGUCUUCCGGUGCUCCCCCCACUGGCAGCUCCUCUACCUCGCCGGAAUCACCGCCAUGGGAGUCUGCACCGCCGCCACCCUCCUCACCCCGGCCUUCUCCGCCGCCAAGCACCGCUCCUUCCGCGCUCUCCUGUUCAUGGCCAUGGGACUCUCCGGCCUCGUCCCGGCCGUCCACGCCGUGCUGGUCAACUGGGACGACCCCAGAAGGGACGUGACCCUCGCGUACGAGGGAGCCAUGGGCUUGUUUUACAUCGCCGGGGCCGGUUUUUACAUCAGCAGGGUGCCGGAGAGGUGGAGGCCGGGUUUCUUUGACCUCGCCGGCCACAGUCACCAGAUCUUCCAUGUGUUUGUCAUCAUCGGUGCCAUGGCUCACUAUGCUGCCGCUCAGAUUUUCUUGGAAUAUCGAAGCAGGUUGGACUGUGAUCUAAUUGGACGAUGAUGAUGACAACAAAUUCUAAUAUAUGGUUCGAUUCAGACAUAUAUAUAUAUAUAUAUAAUCAGAUUGGUUAAUAGUUUCUCAUCAAGUAUGGGUAAUUAUAUGAUGUGGUUGGCAAUUCAUACUUGAAUAUAUUCAUUUACUUCAUUAAACAAAACAAAAAUAUGUUAAUUCUUAUUGUAUGUAUGUAUUUUUAUGCUAGCGUUGUCCACGGAUUAGAGUGUCCGAUUUAUUAUUUCAUGAAAUAAUACUUAAUGUUUCUU